CAGUAUAUGGUACUACAUGAAAUGCCCCGUGGCCGCAUUUGCUGUUCAGAGUAAAAUUAGUCGCUGACAUAUGCCAUAAGCUGUGCUGUUUGUCGCGGUUCGCUGGAAAGUAACCGGCUCACAGUAGCCCGGUAUUACAUGCGCUCCUUUUCUGCUUUUAUUAAGCAGACCAUAAUAGUACACAGGGCCUAGUGAUUUAAUUCUGACCGCGGCACCCCAAAGCAUACAAGUCAUUUAUGUAGCGUGUUUUGUGAACGCGUCUGUUUUCUGUAACGUGUACGUCCGUGUGUUCCUGUCUGGGGUACUUUAUUAAUGUAGAUUUUGAAACAAAUUAAUGGCUUGCGUGAACGUGGUAGGGCUAUCGUUUUUGCUUUUUCAAAAAACUUUUGUAGUAGUUUCAUUUAGACAAAAUCUUGCCCAAUAUGCGGACAACAUAUUCUACCGGUGUCCUUUUCGGAAACAGGCGGUAAGAACGUCACGUCGCAGUGCUCCCUGUUUAUCUGUUUUGCGGCAAUAAGGUGUUUAUUACCUAAGUAACUGUUUUUUGGGCUUAUCCUUUUAGUAGUUAUAUGAAAUUCUAUUAUUUCCGCAGGGUACCGUUUUUUAUUUUAACUUCGUCGUGCUUUUAAAAUGUGUUAAUUACUUAUGCUAUUUCUCUGCCGUUUGACUUAUAAUUCGUAUUUUGAACGUUUGUUUUAAGAAAUCAGUGUGAGGCUGGAGCUGUCCAGCAAAAGGUCAGCGGUUUUGAUGACGUUAGAGGAAAAAAUAGCUUUCGCUUCUAAUUGCUAACUUUUGAUACGCAAACACGCCCAUCGCUAAUGAAACCUUUAUGUGUUUUAAGUCUGUUAAUCCUCUGAUCUCUUCGUCCAGGUUGCUCCUGAUUAAAAGGCUGCCACGGCAGAUGUAGCCGCGCCGGUGCCCUCGAUGGCGUAUGAACCAGCCGCAGAUCAGGUUUCCGACCGGGGCACAGAGUGCGCGCUUAUGCUUCAGGUGCUUCGGAUAAUGUAUAGGAGAGUCGGGGGUUCUGAUCAUAUGUCCUGUUUUAAUGGGUCCUGUCAGACUGAGACACAGGAGUGUUCGGUCUUUGGUGUGUGCUCGCCGGAUAAACAGGUUUAGGCUAUUUAGUGUCCGCUUUUUUUUUUUUUAGGAUCGGACUCCGGAACCCGGAUACGUGCCCCGGCAUAAUUUUGGUAGUCCUGGUGGCUGGACUUGUUAAACUUCCGUUGAAACGUCUCAUAAGAAAAUUGCUUGAAAUUAUUAUAAAUUUAUAAUAUAUCUAGUCACAUUUUUUUUGUUAAUGAAUUUAGGAUUUAAUGUGCACUUAUUACACACCUAUAGCCUACGUGACUAAGAGUCGUACUUUGCUCUCAUCUUAUAAGUCGCAAUCCGCACACACUUUAUUUUCGACAGAAUUGUAUUUAUUAAUCAUGACUUUACUUGUUUUUAUUAGCUUAGUUUCAGCUUAUUUCAAUAAGCUUGACAAUUAAGUGUUUUUAAAAUCCUUAAGUCUCACGCAAAUGUUACGUACGGUCUAGACAUUACUGAAAAGAAGGGAGAUUUCUUAUUAAACGGUGCAUCGUGGGCGGGGUAAGAAAAACAAUCUCUUAUGGGCGAAGAAUAUUUUUCCCAUUCUUGUAUUUUAUGUUAAAAGAAGAGACAAGUGGUUAGUGAGUCUGGUCCCCUGUCCAAAGUGCUGAAACUUUGCUCAAAUUUUGUAGGCAAAUGGCUCUGCAUCAGAAACUAGAAUUUCAAAAGAAAAAGGAUCAGAUUCGGAUUCUAAAUAAUAAAAUAGUUCAAAUGGCGGUUACUGUCGUUUGUUAUUGUUUAAUAUAAUAAAUAUUCAAUCAGCUGAUCAAACCACGAGUUAUUAGGAAAAGAGCAGCUGACAACUGCAAGAAAGUGGAAAACUGGCGUUCAGUUCAAGAAAAAUGCCCCCCAGAAAGAAAUGUGGGAAUCAAUAGGACUGACGGGAUAUAAUGACGCUAAAACCCCUGGCUAUUCACUUCCAAAAUGCAGAGAUGGAUGGACAAACUUUAAUAUAUCAAAUGGUUGUUAUAGGCUUGGUACAUUUCAAGGUAUUAUUAGUGCUCACACAAAUUGAGAAGCGGAGACUGAUAUAAAAUUGUCUUUACAGCAGCCUACUACUUUCGUUUUUAUAAAGAAUAGCGACGAGAGGAACGGAAGACGUGUUAAGCACGCAAAUUGUUCAGUGGGCAAGUUUUGUGGAAAAAAUUGCCGUCAAUCAGCUGUCGAUCAUGUGACUGAUCCCUCUAGAGGUAGAUGGUAUUAUCCUAAAGUGGCUUUUGGUUUUCAUUGCAUCAAGACAUUGACUGGGAAAUAUUCGGGAAACAUCCUAAUGUGCGCUUAAAUCAUUUAAAUAUUAAAACGCCAAAUCCUACCAAUUCGGUGCUAAUAGAUAGUGGACAGUUAAUCGGUUAACACGAGAACUGAGAGUUUUGCUCUCCUCGUUUUGUACCUUUAUUUUCAUGCGUGCUUUCCCGCAAAGUGCCCACUCCGUUUCUUUAGAAGUUCAAUAAUUCAAUGAAGGUGGAGAGUAAUAUGGGCGACGCGGCGAGCGGCGGCCGUGGUAGCGGCACCAGCGAAUGCUGCAUCAGCCGACUCCUCAGUGUGGUGGAGAGCGAGCUGCAGGCCGGCCGGGAGAAAGGGGACCCCACGGAGAAGCAGCUUAAGGUCAGCCUGGAAGAGGCUGAACUUUGGAAGAAAUUCAUGGAUGCCACUAAUGAAAUGAUUGUCACUAAGAACGGCAGGAGGAUGUUCCCGGUCCUGAAGGUCAGCGUGUCCGGCCUGGACCCCAAUGCUAUGUACUCCAUCCUGCUCGAUUUCGCCCCCGCCGACACCCACCGCUGGAAGUAUGUGAACGGCGAGUGGGUCCCUGCGGGCAAGCCGGAGCCACACAGUCACAGCUGCGUUUACAUCCACCCCGACUCGCCCAACUUUGGGGCUCACUGGAUGAAAGCGCCUGUCUCCUUCAGCAAGGUCAAGCUGACCAACAAGCUGAAUGGAGGAGGACAGAUCAUGCUCAACUCCUUGCAUAAGUAUGAGCCCCAGAUCCACAUUGUCCGAGUCGGAGGCAACCACCGAAUGGUCACCAACAUCUCCUUCGCAGACACGCAGUUCAUCGCUGUCACCGCCUACCAGAACGAGGAGAUCACUGCCUUGAAGAUUAAGUACAAUCCAUUCGCCAAGGCGUUCUUGGAUGCCAAGGAGCGGAACCACCCCAAAAACCUGGCAGAAGUUCCAGCGGAGAGCCAGCAUGUUGGACUGUCUCACCUAGGUGGCUGGCUGAUUUCCAACGGCGACAGCCUCUGCUCCCCUGGCAGUGCUAACUACCCCUACGGCGGAGCUCUGCCACUCGCCGCACCCCAUGGGUAUGAGCGCUACCCCCCCCUGCGGGGGCACCGCCCUGCCCCUUACCCAUCCUCCUACAUUCACCAUCGAAACCACAGCUCAGGUGGGCAGACAGGCGGGGGUGCGCUGGGAAGUCACGGGAACGUUUCCUCGGCAUGGUCUGUCCUCCCCUCUCUCUGUCACUCAGUGUCCCUGUCCGAGGCCAGUCCCGGAGGCCUGCAGGUGUUUCCCGGACAUGACAACUGGACCCCCCUGUCUCCGUCAGCCCACCACAGCAUGCUGCCGGUCUCUGCCACGUCCUCCACACCCGGAAGUAGCAGCCAGUAUCCGUGCCUGUGGACAGUGAGCAGCUGCAAUGUCAACCCUGGGCCAGCAGGAGGCAGUGUAAGCUGCUCCCAAGGCCAGGGGCUGCAUGCGGACCGGAGUCCCGCCUCCUCCUCACCUGGCUCUGUGCUGCAGGGUCACACCCAAGUAGGCACAGAAACGGUGGUGGAGCAGCACGGUCACAUUCGGCUGGGUGGGGCCGGGUGGGCCGCAGUCUCCGCCCAUUCCUUUUGAAGGACAUCAGUAGACAUCUCAGGGACUGGCCUCCCGUGGACCUUAGACUCCCUCUACCUAGUAACUUGGCAUAAAUGGAUGAAUGUGUUUUGAUUUUUAUGAACGCGUAUUAUUCUGCCAAGCUGAGGACAAAACACUGGUCACUUUUUUGCUAUUCAUGCUAUCAGUGGCAAAGUGAGUUAUAAAUGUUGCUCUCGGCCUAAAUGUCUAUUUUCUUUGUUCUCUUGAAAUUGCUAUCAAUUCACUGUCCCGAACUCCCUUCUGUGGUUAUGGACAAUCAAAUUGUCAGCUUGUAACUUUGUGUGAUGUGCCUUAGUCACGUGACUCUAAGUUUGUGAAGCGUUAUAAAAACUCCGCAGAGUUACUUCAGCGUAAACAGCUUAAUGUACAUAGCUACUUGUCAAGGUCACCUAUAAAUCCUAAUGUGUUGAUAACUGUAAAAUUCCUGGCGUAAGUUUCUUUUUUGAAGCUAAAAUACUGGAAAAGGGUUAACUUUCUGUGUAAAUAAUGUAUUUGCUGUGGAAAUCUGCAUGAAAUUGUGUUGUCUAAUAAAAUAAACACGUGCA